UAUGAUUCGCAAAGUUAGGGCACACUCUUUGGAGGUUUCGAAAGCCCAUCCAGCUUCACCGAACCCUUCUCACUGCUCGAUAGCACAGGGUUGCUCCCCGCCGGCGAGUCCCAACGGCCGGCGACGAUCUCACCGUGGUCCCUCGCCGUUUCCUCCGUGGCAAGAGCUCUGUUUGGUCUUCGUUUUCGUUCCAAACUUCUGUAUUUAGCUGCAGGCAACUAUGUCAUCACCGCGUUUAUUAGCACAGGAAACACAAGUUUCAGCUCCAGGGGAUUCAGUGCAACAGCAAGUUUCAGAAUCACCAGUUGGAGGGACACCUGCUGGUUGCUUAAAUCCAGUUUCUGCUUCUUCAAUAUCAGUUUCACCUGCUUGUGGUCCAGCCACUGAUGGCGUCACUCCGUCUACAUCGUUCCCUUGUGCAGUUAAUGGGCUAUCAACAGCAGUCUCUGGUUCAGCUACCCCUGCUUCUAGUUUGCCUAAUCCAAUAGGAACACCCCAUGGAACUGUAAAUGAACCAUGGAAAGAACCUAUUUGUGCAAAUUUGCUUACUCCACCUGGUUAUGUUGUCUCUUCAUCUUCAUUUUCUUAUGGUGCACCUCCACCAUUUAAUUCUGCCUCAGGAAGUACGCAACAGUCCUCUAUCAAUCCUGCUCUAAAGUUGACUCCAUCUGUACCUGCAGCAGCUCUUCAACCUCCAGUCCCUGGGCAUUCUUUUGGAAACAGGCCAUCCUUUUCCUAUAAUGUAGUUUCACAAGCUAAUGUUGGCUCUGCAUCUGGUCAGCAGUUUCAACCUGCCAUUGCAACAAAUUUAUCUCCCUUGCCAAGCGGGAAAUUUACUCCAGCAAUGACUGCUGCAUCCUUGCAACCUCCGGUUCCUGGGCAACUUAUGCGACCUCAUUCAAGUGUUCUUGGAACAACUGCACCCAAUCCCUCACCUCAGAUGCGAAUGCCUUAUCCUAUCUCUAAAGGGCAUGCACCAACGCCAAUGAGUUAUUCUUUUGGUGGGACCUCCCGACCACCAACCCUAGGAGCUCCUGAUGUAUUUGCCCACAAGUCGAGUACCUCAGAUACUGCUGUACCUGAAGGUGGUACUGGUUCAGCAACAUCCCUUGGUUCUCAGUCCACGGAGUCAUCUGCUACUUUAGCCUCUAGCUCUGUUAUGCCCUCAGCUGCUGGUCCUAGCAUGAACCACCCCCCUACACUGCCGCCAAUGGCCUCAUCUUUUCCUGUGCAUUCUGGGACAGCAGGCCAACUAGGUGUAGCUAAUGCAAUGGCAUUCUCUCCUAAUGGUACAACAGCAUGGUCAAGCAUGGGUUCUUCUCCAUCUUUUGGGUCCGUGGUGCCAUCUCAUGCCCCUGUACCUCCAAAUCCUGCUCCUACUCAAAUUGCACAAAAUGUGCAGCAAAAUUAUCCACCUUAUGCCUCAUUGCCUGCUAGUGGUCCAUCCCCUCAGGCGCCUUGGUUGCAUCCCCCAUUUCAGGGUGGCAUGCAGCAUGCUCCAUUUGUACCAUACCCUGGAGUUGCCCCUAGUUCUUUUCCUCAACCAGCUCGUAGCAUGCCUUUUCCGUCAGGUUCAUCACCGAUUGUUCAGCCACCUGGUGUUUCGAGUGCAGCAGCUCAUGGAGGAACAAUUCCAUUUAACCCAGCAUCUUCCCAAACCGGGGUUAAUUUGGAGCAUGAAAGACAAGGCAGUGAACUGUCUAUGGGAGGAGGAAUUCCCAAGAAUGAAGAGGUAGAUGCAUGGACAGUACACAAGACGGAGGCUGGUACCUUAUAUUACUAUAAUCGUCUCACCGGAAAGUCAACAUAUGAAAAGCCUUUGAACUUCAAGGGGGAGCCCAAAAAAGCGAAUGAUCAGCCAACGCCUGCCUCUUGGGAGAAGUUAGACGGUACUGACUGGACAUUGGUUACGACAAAUGAUGGGAAGAAGUAUUAUUAUGACACCAAGAACAAGGUUAGCAGCUGGCAACUUCCAGCAGAAGUUGCAGAGUUGAGAAGGAAUCAAGAUAACGUUUCCUUGAAAGGAAAUGCAUCUCCUGUGCAAAAUGUGAGCCUUGGAUCAGAUAAGGGAUCUACACCGGUGAGUUUGAGUGCCCCUGCUUUGCAAACCGGUGGUCGUGAUUCUUUGGUUCUUCGGACUUCUGCUGCACCUGUUUCUUCAUCUGCUCUUGAUUUGAUCAAGAAGAAGCUGCAGGAUGCUGGUUCUCCAGCUGCAUGCCCACCUCUUCCUGCUGCUUCUGGUCCUUCUGCCUCUGACUUAAAUGGCUCAAGAGUAGUUGAAGCUACAGUUAAGGGAGCACAAAGCACUGCCAGUAAAGAUAAAGUAAAAGAUGCAAAUGUUGAUGACAAUGGGUCAGAUUCCUUAUCUGAUUCAGAUGUGGAAAGUGGACCCAGUAAGGAAGAGUGCAUUAUUCAGUUCAAGGAAAUGCUUAAAGAACGAGGAAUAGCACCUUUCUCAAAAUGGGACAAAGAAUUGCCAAAGAUAGUCUUCGAUCCACGCUUUAAGGCUGUUCCAGGUUAUUCUACUAGGAGGGCCUUAUUUGAACAGUUUGUCCGCACACGAGCUGAAGAAGUUCGCAAGGAAGAACGUGCAGCUCAAAAGGCUGCUAUAGAUGGCUUCAAACAACUUCUGGAAGAAGUUUCAGAGGAUAUUGAUCACAGAACUGACUAUGAAAUGUUUAAGAAGAAAUGGGGGAGUGAUACACGAUUCACGGCUUUAAAGCGCAAGGAACAAGAAGUUCUCUUGAAUGAAAAAAUACUUCCUCUUAAAAAAGCAGCUGAAGAAAAAAUUCAAGCCAUACGCAUGGCUGCUACUUCCAGCUUUAAAGCAAUGCUUCGUGAUCAAGGAGAUAUUACACCAAUUAGUCGAUGGUCCAGGGUGAAAGAUAGCUUGAGGAAUGAUCCAAGAUACAAGACUGUAAAACAUGAAGAUCGAGAAAUUUUGUUCAAUGAAUAUAUAUCUGAACUUAAAUCUGCUGAAGAGGAACUAGAACAAGCUGCUAAAGCCAAAAAGGAUGAGCAGGAGAAACUUAAGGAAAGGGAGCGGGAGUUGCGAAAAAGGAAAGAAAGAGAAGAGCAAGAAAUGGAAAGAGUGAGAUUGAAGAUCCGCAAGAAGGAAGUAGUGGCAUCCUAUCAGGCCUUACUUGUUGAAACAAUAAAAGAUCCGAAGGCAUCUUGGACUGAAUGUAAGCCUAAACUAGAUAGGGAUCCCCAGGGUCGUGCAACAAACCCAGAUCUUGACCAAGCUGAUGCUGAGAAACUCUUUCGCGAACAUGUUAAGGACUUGUAUGAGCGAUGUGUCCGUGAUUUUCGUACUCUAUUGGCUGAAGUUAUAACUCCGGAAAUGGCCAGCCAGAUGACAGAGAAUGGGAAGACAGCUCUUACUUCUUGGUCUGAAGCAAAACAGCGCCUGAAGCCUGAUCCAAGGUAUACCAAGAUGCCCAGGAAAGAUAGGGAGUCUUUGUGGUCUCGACAUGCAGAAGAUAUUCUGCGAAAACAGAAAACAGCAACGUCCGAUCAAAAGAAGCCAGACGCUGCUGAAGGAAGAAGUAGAAAGACUGCUGAUUAUUCUCAGCGGUGGCAUGGCCGGAGAUAGUUUCAGAGGAGUUUUGUUUUUUCCAAAUAUUUGUUUCAAGGAUUUAUUAAAGUCAUCUGAGGAUAGUGUUGUUUGCUAGCUCCCUUAACAUAAUAGUUGUUAGAUUCUCUGUAAUUUUCACUGAAUUAUAUUAGUCUUGGGCAAUGAGAUGAAAGUUAAAAUAUA